AUGCGGGCGUGGGGCGGGGGGGUGCUUGUAAGGGACAAUGACGGAAUCGGGGCAUGCGGUCGGUUCGAGCUUCGCACGCCGACUCCCAUCGAGCAGGGGAUCGCUGAACACAUAUACAUGAAGCGGGGCCACGCUUACGCCGACGAGGAGGAGGACGAGGGCGAGGCCUCCCUCUUCAACGGCCUGCCUAGCUCGGGCGCGGCGCCGAUGUCGCAGUCGUCUCCAGAGGGUGCGCGGCGGCCUCUGCGCGCCAUUCUGCGCGUGCCUGGAGGCUGA